AUGCUCUUCCAGCCUGUUCCCAAGGACGCUGGUGAGACCGCCAGGAUGGAGCUGGGCCCCACAACAGAGACCUUUGUGUUGGAGCUGCGAUGUCUUGAGGAUGGGGGUCCAGGACCUGACACCCUCUCAGAUGGCAGUGGUGGGAGUGAGAGCCAGGAGGAGGAAGAGGCUCAGCAGGUGAGCAGCAGCCCACAGCCGCCAGCACUCACAGCCCCAGUAGGGGCCAGUAACAGCAUUGGGGCAGUGCAGCUGGGACAAUAGGACUUGCAUCUGCAGCAGUUAGAGCAGCAGCAAGAGCUGGAACAGCAGCUGCAGCACAAGCAGUUACAAGAGCAGCAGCCUCUUGCUGCUCAACUGUUAGGACCUUAGCCAGAAUUGCUGCAGCAGCAAGAUGGGCAGCAGUAGCUGUCUCAGUUGCAGCAAAAGCUACAGGAAAGCCUCCAGUCCGAGCAGCAUCAGGAACCAAAACCACAACUGCAGCUGGCACAGCAUUCAGGACUUGGACAGGAGCAACAAGAGCAACAGCUGUUGCAGCACCAGCAGCAGUGGAUGAUUAUGAAGCCCCAAGGCCAAAAGCAACAGCUGUUACUACAGCAGCAAGAACGGCUGCAGCAGCAGCAGCAAGUACAAGAACAACUUGUGCAGCAACAUGUGCAACAGCAAUAGCUAUUGCAGCAGCAAGUAGAAGAACAGGCUUUGCUGCAGCAGCAGCCUUUACAGCAGCCAAUGCAAGAGCAACAACAGUCACAGCAGCAGCUUCUUCAACAGCAGCAACUACUGCAACAACACGAACAAUUGCUGCUGCAGCAGUUGCAAGAACAAGCAUUGCAACAGCAAUUACAAGGACAACAGCUGUUGCAGCAGCAUCAACAGGAGCAGUUACAGCAGCAGCUGCUGCUCCAACAACAGGAACUGUUGCAACAGCAGGGACAAUUGCAACCACAACAGUUGCAGCAGCAGAUUCUGUUGCUGCAGCCACAGGGACAUAUAGAGCAGCUGUUGCUGCAGCAGCAGGCACAGUUGCAGCAACAACUGUUGCAGCAGCAGCAGGUCCAGAUACAGCACCAACUAUUGCUGCAGCAAGAACAGUUGCAGCAGCAACAGUUGUUGCAACAGCAGCAGCUGCAGCCUCCUCCACUGGAACCAGAGGAGGAAGAAGAUGCAGAACUGGAGCUUAUGCCUUUGGGCAUAAGGUCAGAGCAGGAGCUGGAGCAGCGGCGGCAGGAGUUGGAGAGGCUGCAAGAACAACAACAGCUGAAGCUAAAACUGCAGGAGCAACUGCAUCAGCUAGAGCAGCACCUGAAGCAGCAGCAUCAGCUGGAGCAGCUGCAGCAGCUGGAGCAACAGGAGGUACACUUGGAGCUAGCCCCGGUGGAACUGAGCGCCCAGCAUCAGGAGCUGCAGCUGCAGCUGACCUCUGUGCAGCCGGAGCUGCAGCUGGAGCUGGUUCCCACUCCGGGAGGUGGCAUAGCAUCAGCUCCAGUCUCCUUCGUGGUGGCCCCUCCAGGCUAUGUGGUGCUGCAAGAGCUCAUGGUACUACCCACUGUGGCCACAUCCACUAUGGUGACCAUCGCGGGCCCCACAGGGAGUGAGGCUCAGGCUCGGACGCCCACAAAACAGCGCAAGAAGCGGCGAGGCAGGGACAGGCCGACCAUCUGCGGAGAGUGUGGCAAGGGUUUCAGCCGCAGCACGGACUUGGUGCGACACCAGGCCACGCACACUGGGGAGAGGCCGCAUCUCUGCAGCGAGUGCGGCAAGGGCUUCUCGCAACACUCUAACCUGGUGAUCCACCAGCGCAUCCACACCGGCGAGAAGCCCUACGCCUGCACCUACUGCUCCAAGCGCUUCAGCGAGAGCUCGGCGCUUGUGCAGCAUCAGCGCACCCAUACCGGCGAGCGGCCCUACGUCUGCGCCGACUGCGGCAAGUGCUUCAGCGUCUCCUCCAACCUGCUGCGCCACCGCCGCACCCACUCGGGUGAGCGGCUCCACGCGUGCGAUGACUGCGGCGAGCGCUUCCGGCACAAGGUGCAGAUCCGCAAGCACGAGCGACUGCAGCACGGGUUAGGCCGCCCCAGAGGUCUGGGCCUGCAGCGCUCCUCCAGGCAAGCGCCCUCAAGAGUCUCCACAAGGGCCAAAAAGGCUUCUGCAUCUGGGAAGCCCUGA